AUGCGUGUAAUCGAUCCGGGAUCGUCAAUACAUACACCAGCUUUGGAAUCCCAAAUGUGGUCGUCGAACAAGUUUGGAACUAGAAUGCUCGACUUUCUAUUGGCAGUCAUUGGAUUCACGCUUGUCGUGGUCCAAUCCAAAACAUUCCAUAAUCAAUCUUUGCUCAAUAUUCCUGGAAUGGAGACGAUGGCAUCUGACAAAUAUCCACACUAUACUGUGGUCGAGUCGGUGAGUCGGACUAAAUGGCAUCGGCAUCGACGUGAAGUAAUCGCUGGACCGAUUUAUGAUUGGAAUUCCUAUGAGAUCCCAUAUCAAAUAUGGGGAGGAGAUUAUAACUUCCAAAAUCUCAUUCGCCGUGGUAUUCGUAUGUGGGAAGAGUCGACGUGUCUACGUUUCCGGGAAAAUAUGGCGGUGAGACAUUAA